AUGUUAAAAAUUCUAAUUUUUUAUCUAUCUAUUCAAUUAAUACAUGGAGAUUAUAAAGAUCCUAUAUAUCCAGUACAAAAUCCCUGUCUGGCUAUACUCGAUCGUUUAUCAGAUAUGGCAUCUUCAUUCCUAAAUUGUGCUGUAAGUCGAGCACGACCAUUUAAAUUAUGUGAAGGUUGUGUAGAUACUUUUGCACGAUUACAAGAUCUUAUAGGUUUAUUAGAUAAAACAUAUUCGGAUGUGGAUAGGACGAUAACAUGUAAACAAUUUCUUGAAAGUUAUGAUACAAUACAAAUUGUUGCUCAACUUAUUUCAUUUGUUCAAAAUAUUUGGAGUUCAUCGUUUUGUGAUAGUUGUAUCACUGGUUAUAAUGAUACGAAUGGUACAAUUCAUUAUAGUUUAACUGAAAGUACAACGAAAUUUAUUCAGAAAAAAAUGACAUUUGAUUAUUGUAUUUUUAAUGCGACGGGUCGCAUAGUUCCAAUUAUUCCAAUUGAUCUUAAUGUUACAUUGAAUACAAAUGUUUGUACAGUAUGUUUACCAGUUUAUAAUGAUAUCAAUGAAUUUUUUAUAAAAAUGACACAAGAUACUAAAAAUGGUGUUUGUAUGGAUAUUGUUGAUACAAUGAAUUAUACACGAUUAUUAUGGAGUAAAAUUUAUGAAUGUAAAAGACAUGAUCCAGAUUAUAUGGCUGUUAUGGGAAUAUCAUUUUUUAUUCCAACUAUUGUUUUGGUUUUUUAUAUUAGUGCGUUAUUCAAAGGUGAACGAACACAAAAGAAAUUAUCACGACAAAAACGUCUUCCAAUACAUUCUACAACUGCUGCAAUUGUGGGUGACAGAACAUGGUUAUGGUCAAAUCCGAAUGAUUAA